UUGGCCUGUACCCUAACCAAAAAAAUUAAAAAAAUACGUUACAAAAUAAAAUGAAUUAAAAAUUAUAAAUGAGUAAAAAUAAUCAUAUGUAAAACUCGGAUAUUUAGAUAUAAAAAAAAUCUAAAUGCAUUUGACAAUGAGAUGGGUUUACUUAUUAAGCAAAAUUAUUAGUUGAUAAAAAGUUUAAGUUUGUUAGACAAAAUUUUUAUCAAUAGUUUAAGUAAAUUUAAAAAAAAAAAGUCUAUGAUAAAAGUGAAUAAAUACACGUGGUAAGAUCAAGGUUAGAUGUCCGAUGUUAUCAAAAAUGAUGAAUCCUGAGGCUGCUAAAUCUUAUAUCCAAGCCAAUUAUAAGAGAAAAAAUCCAGGAGAUUCAAAAGAAGAAAAUUCAGAUUCUCAAAGUUCUCAGAUGGUCAAAAAUAAACCUGGAGUUAAUACUAACUGGGACAAAUUCCGAGAUAUUGUUAAUCAACCAUCUGCGACACCAAAAACUCCGCCCAAGAGACCUUUCAAAGGCUCGGGAACUUCACGAACCGACAAAAAGAAGUCCAGAGCUUUGUCAUUAAAUGGGCUUAGUGAAAAUAAAAGUGCAAAAGUUGAGAUGAACCUCGAGAACAUGACAUUAACAAAACAGAUAGCAAUAGAUUGUGAGAUGGUGGGCAUUGGAGAUGGGAUCGAGAGUAUGCUAGCUCGUGUGUCCAUAGUAAAUCGUUACGGGUCUUGUAUUUAUGACAAAUAUGUAAAACCUCGGGAGACAGUACGCGAUUACAGGACAGCUGUCAGUGGAAUCCGUCCUCAAGAUCUUCAGAACGGUGAAGAUUUUACCGUAGUACAAAACGAAGUUGCAGAAAUACUGAAAGGCCGAAUUUUAGUUGGUCAUGCAUUGAAGAAUGAUCUUGCUGUACUGUUUUUAUCUCACCCUAAAAAAAAUUUACGUGAUACAUCGCGGUACCCUUUGUUUAGACGCGUCUCCAAAGGCAACACACCGAGCUUAAAAAAACUGGCUGCCGAAUUACUGGGUAUUGAUAUCCAAACUGGGGAACAUAAUUCCGUUGAAGAUGCGAGAAUCGCUAUGGAACUUUAUGUUUUAUACAAAAAUCAAUGGGAAUCUGAUCUUUAUCACUGAUAAUUUGCUUAUGUUUUGAAUAUUG